UCCGCAGUGUGACGUGUGUGUAUGUGUGUGUGCCGUGCAUGCUGGGGGCGGCACGCCGCCGUGUGUUUCCGCUGUAAGUGCGCGUGUGCGUGUGCGCAGCUGGGCUCGCUCCCUCUUCCUUUCCACAGACUCGGCUCGUACAGGCGCUCGAACCCGCGAUCCCGACUAUGGCCUCCUCCGCGUGCGCUCCCGCCCAGGCGAACCCGGCUCCGGCCGCGGCGCUGCAGCGAGGCAUCGUGAAGAUGAUCCUCUCCGGAUGUGCCAUCAUCGUGCGAGGACAGCCGCGAGGCGGACCCCCUCCAGAGCGCCAGAUCAACCUGAGCAACGUUCGCGCCGGGGCGCUGGCCCGCCGAGCUGCACAAAGCCAGCCGGACACUAGGGACACCCCCGACGAGCCUUGGGCUUUCCAGGCGCGCGAGUUCCUGCGCAAGAAGAUGAUUGGGAAGGAAGUGUGCUUCAGCGUUGAAAUUAAGACCCCUCAGGGACGAGAGUAUGGAAUGGUUUACCUUGGAAAAGACACAUCCGGAGAAAACAUUGCCGAGUCCCUGGUCGCGGAAGGACUUGCCACGGUCCGCAGAGAGGGAAUUCGAGGAAACAAUCCAGAACAGGCCCGGCUCUGCGACCUCGAGGACCAGGCCAAAGCAGCCAAAAAGGGCCUGUGGUCAGAGGGCGGCGGCUCACACACCAUCCGCGACAUCAAGUAUAGCAUCGAGAACCUUCGCAACUUUGUGGACUCCAUGCAUCAGAAGCCCGUUAACGCGAUCAUUGAACAUGUGCGUGAUGGCAGCGUGGUCCGUGCCCUCCUCCUGCCUGACUACUACCUGGUCACGGUCAUGUUGUCUGGUAUUAAGUGCCCGACGUUCAAGCGGGAGGCGGACGGUUCAGAGACGCCGGAGCCCUUUGCUGCUGAGGCCAAGUUCUUUACGGAGUCGCGCCUGCUACAGAGGGAUGUGCAGAUCAUCCUGGAGAGCUGUCACAACCAGGUCAUCCUGGGGACCAUUCUUCACCCGAAUGGCAACAUCACGGAGCUGCUUUUGAGGGAAGGCUUUGCCCGCUGCGUGGACUGGUCCAUGGCAGUCUACACGCAAGGAGCUGACAAGCUGAGAGCUGCCGAGCGUUCUGCAAAAGAGCGCAAGGUUCGAAUCUGGAAGGACUACGUGGCUCCAACUGCGAACCUGGAACAGAAGGACAGGCAGUUUGUGGCCAAGGUCAUGCAGAUUGUGAAUGCCGAUGCCAUCGUGGUGAAACUAAUCUCUGGCGAGACCAAGACCAUCCACUUGUCCAGUAUCCGUCCCCCAAGGAUUGAUGGGGAGUCCAGCCAGGAGAAGAACAAGGACAAAGACAAGCGCUUCCGUCCACUCUACGACAUCCCUUACAUGUUUGAGGCCAGGGAGUUCCUGCGGAAGAAGCUCAUCGGCAAGAAGGUCAAUGUCACGGUAGACUACAUCCGAGCCGCCACGUCCGGUACAGACAUCGGCCCUGGCUCCAUCCCAGCUUUCCCAGAACGCACCUGUGCUACCGUAACCAUCGGAGGAAUCAACAUUGCAGAGGCUCUUGUCAGCAAGGGUCUGGCAACGGUCAUCCGCUAUCGGCAGGAUGAUGACCAGCGCUCCUCUCACUAUGACGAGCUGCUCGCCGCCGAGGCCAGGGCCAUCAAAAACGGCAAGGGUCUGCACAGUAAAAAGGAGGUCCCCAUUCACAGAGUGGCCGAUAUCUCUGGGGAAACGCAGAAAGCGAAGCAGUUCCUGCCAUUUCUGCAGCGGGCUGGCCGCUCCGAGGCCGUUGUCGAGCACGUCUUCAGUGGGUCCCGUCUUAAGCUCUAUAUGCCCAAAGAGACGUGCCUGAUCACCUUCCUGUUAGCCGGCAUCGAGUGCCCGCGGGGGUCUAGGAACAUGCCCGGGGGUCUGCAGGAAGCAGAGCCCUUCAGCGAUGAGGCCACGCUUUUCACCAAGGAACUUGUACUCCAGCGAGAGGUGGAGGUAGAGGUGGAAGGUAUGGACAAGGCGGGUAAUUUCAUCGGCUGGCUGCACGUGGACGGAGUGAACCUGUCGGUGGCACUGGUGGAGCACGCCCUGUCCAAGGUGCACUUCACCGCCGAGCGCAGCUCCUACUACAAGGCGCUGCAGACUGCCGAGGAGGGAGCACGGCAAAGGAAGGACAAGAUCUGGGCCAACUAUGAAGAGAAGCCCACGGAGGAGGUGGUCCAGGUGAGCGAGCAGAAGGAGCGGGUGGCCAACUACAGGCCCAUGUGCGUGACAGAAAUCACAGACGGCCUCCGCUUCUACACCCAGGACGUUGAGACUGGUGCCCAGCUGGAGAGCCUGAUGGAGACCAUGCGUGCUGAGAUUGCCGCCCAUCCGCCCGUCGAGGGGGCCUUCACUCCGCGCCGCGGGGACUACUGCCUGUCCAAGUUCGCAGAUGGAGAAUGGUACAGAGCACGAGUGGAGAAGAUGGAAUCCGCCGCCAAGGUGCACGUGUUCUACAUUGAUUAUGGCAACAGAGAGACAGUGCCCUCGACCCGACUGGCAGCGCUCCCGCCGGCCUUCAGCAUCCGCGCUCUGCCAGCUCAGGCCACGGAGUACGCCUUCGCCUAUAUCCAGGUGCCCCAGGAUGAGGAUGCCCGGGCUGAUGCGGUGGACAGCGUGGUGCGGGACAUCCAGAAUACGCAGUGCCUGCUCAAUGUGGAGUACAUGGGAGCGAGCUGCCCACACGUCACGCUGCAGUUUGCCGACACCAAGGAAGACGUGGGCCUUGGCCUGGUCAAGGAGGGCUUGGUGAUGGUGGAGGUGCGCAAGGAGAAGCACCUGCAGAAGAUGGUUGCGGAGUACCUAAAAGCGCAAGAGUCUGCCAAGACCUCCAGGCUGAACAUAUGGCGAUACGGAGACUUCCGUGCCGACGACGCCGACGAAUUUGGUUACAACCGUUAAAAAAGCAUUCCAAAGACCUUGUGGAAGACGCUCACAGAAAAAGGAUGGUCAACAGCUCUCUUCUCCUCAUCAUGCAUUCCUUCCGAGUCUGUCUGUUUGUCCGUCUGUCUCUGCAUGUCCUCCUGCACCUCCCUCGUAGGGACACACCUCCUCCCGUGUAGAUGGGUGAUGGAACCAACAAAUUGGCCGUCUUCAUACGAGCUUAUUGCAGAUCCUUCUUCGAGAAUCAUGGCGGAAGGUGUACGGAACAAUUUCAACUGCUCAACUCUUGCCGAGGAAAUUCUUCCCAAAAUUAAUGAAAUGAAAAAAAUCUAGGAACGUAGAAUAACAAAAAUAAAACCAUAAUAAUUUAAAAAAUCAGCUUAUUUUUUUCUUUUUUAAAUGUGCAUUUGAAUGUUUAAUAAGACCGGUUGUGUCUGGGGUGUUUUCUCUUGUGGCAAGAGGACGCAGGCGCCAGAAUGAACCGAUUAUUCCAUCCAUGUUAUUUACGGACAGCAGCCUUUCGACACCGUAGCAGAAUCAGUGUUUGUUUUCCCAAGGUGGAUUUUGUCAUUGUAUUUAACUCUUUCGAUGCUUAAUAAAAACGAGCAAACGCCAAAUGCAAA